AUGGAACAACCCUCUAUGCUAUGUGAGGAAGAACAAGAGCCAGAACCACAGAAAAGUGUAAAGGAAACCAAACAAGUGAAUGAUGAAGAUGCUGAACUGAUCUUUGUUGGGGUGGAACAUGUAAAUGAAGAUGCUGAGCUGAUCUUUGUUGGUGUCACUUCAAAUUCAAAACCAGUCGUUUCAACCAUUUUGAACAGAGUCACCCCAGGUUCGUAUUCAAGGAGGAAAAAGUAUGGUCACCUCAGACAAGAUCCUGCUUACAGUAUCUGGCAACCUUCAAGUCAUAUGACCCCUACAUCAAAAGUGGUGGCUGUCUCACCAGUUUCUCCAUCUGAAUCGAGAUCAACAGAUAGUCCUAUUAUUAUUGAGCCCUUGUCUAAUCCCGAUUAUAAAAAUAACUCACCACAAGUUGAGCCUAAUAGCGCUUCAGAGGUGUGCUCUCCUUUGAUUAGGUUCACAAGUACAUUGCAGCAUCCAGGAGGAGCAGCACUUUCUGUAGGAGAUGUGAAUGAAGGGCCUUGUGUAUCAAAGGAGCUUUUCACUUCUGCAGUGAAUGGCAUAAAUCCCAAAAGGCCUAAACUCAGUGAUGGAAUCCUAGGGAGACAUUCUUUAGCCUUGUCCCCCUCAGGUAUCUCUCCUGCAAGGAACAUGCAGCAAAAUACACCCCCAAAAGGUGUUAAUACCUCAGUAAGCCGUGUUCAGAAUGGAGCACCUUUUCCAACAGCUUUUCCGAAGAACAGUGCCAAUUUUAAGACUAUAAAUCCAGAUAGGGAAAAUUGGGGACUGGCAAAAACAGACUUUUCAAGAAUAGCAAGUGAAAACAAGACUUUUGAUUCCCAGGAAGGAAAUCUCAUCGUGUUACUUCAUGACUUCUACUAUGGACGUUAUGAAGGAAAUGGGCAGCCAGAACAGAAGACUCACACAAACUUUAAAUGCCUCAGCUGCCUGAAAGUUCUAAAGAACGUGAAGUUUAUGAACCACAUGAAGCACCAUUUGGAACUCGAGAGGCAGAGGAGUGACAGCUGGAACAGCCACACCUCCUGCCAGCACUGCUAUCGGCAGUUUCCCACUCCCUUCCAGCUGCAGUGUCACAUUGAAAGUGUGCACAUCGUCCAGGAACCCUCCACUGUUUGUAAAAUCUGUGAGUUGUCAUUCGAAACAGACCAUGUUCUCUUACAGCACAUGAAGGACAUGCAUAAGCCUGGUGAAAUGCCCUAUGUGUGCCAAGUUUGCAAUUAUAGAUCAUCGGCCUUUACUGAUGUAGAAACCCAUUUUAGAACCUGCCAUGAAAACACGAAGAAUUUGCUUUGUCCAUUCUGUCUCAAAAUUUUCAAAACUGCAGCACCAUACAUGUGUCAUUAUAGGGGGCACAGGGAAAAGACUGUUCACCAGUGUUCCAAAUGCCGACUACAGUUUUUAACUUUCAAGGAGAAAAUGGAACAUAAGACUCAGUGUCAUCAAAUGUUUAAGAAGCCUAAGCAACUAGAAGGAUUGCCUCCUGAAACAAAAGUUGUUAUUCAAGUGUCACUGGGACCUCUUCAACUGGGAUCAGUGGAAGUAGCAUCCAUUACUAUUUCAGUAUUAACUCUAGUCUGACUGGAAUGGCUUUGUUACGGGGUGAGGCCUGGCCCUGUUUGCUGCUGAACUCCCAGAAGUGCCUCUGCUGUGCUUGCCCA